CUCUAUUUCUCUCUUUCUCUAUAUUUACUGCUUUUUACAGAAUCAAAUAUUGCUUUUUAAACCUCUCUCAUAAGUCAUCAGAAAGUAGACUAUUCUGUGGAAUUGCGAUCAACAAAGAAGAUGAAUCAAUUGUUGGCGAAGUCUCUGACCAGAGCUCUGAUCAACGGCCGGAGUUGUAACCGUUUCACUUCGGCGGCGACUAUUGUCAGACCUGUCGAUGUAACCGGCGAAGUGAGGGGUCCUGGUGGUGGUUUGGAUUUCUUUGGUGGUUUCCAGUGGAGGCGGCCGAUGAGCACGGCCGCGGAGAGGACGCCUGUGGCGGAGAAGGACCGUAAGGAGGCUCCGGUGGAGGAGGAGAAGAAGAAGGGAGACGGUUCCGUGUUGGCUUCGAGCUAUUGGGGCAUUUCGCGGCCGAAGAUCACGAGGGAGGACGGUACUGAGUGGCCUUGGAAUUGUUUUAUGCCAUGGGAGACUUAUCAAGCAGACUUGUCGAUAGACCUGAGCAAGCACCAUGUACCAAAGACAUUUCUGGAUAAAUUUGCUUACAGGACAGUGAAAAUCCUUAGAAUUCCAACAGACAUAUUUUUUCAGAGACGGUAUGGGUGUCGUGCAAUGAUGCUGGAAACUGUGGCAGCUGUUCCAGGUAUGGUGGGAGGGAUGCUGCUGCACCUAAGGUCUCUACGCAGGUUCGAGCACAGUGGUGGUUGGGUCAAAGCAUUGCUUGAAGAAGCAGAGAAUGAGAGGAUGCACCUGAUGACUAUGGUGGAGCUUGUGAAUCCCAAAUGGUAUGAGAGGCUACUGGUUCUCACUGUGCAGGGAGUCUUUUUUAAUGCCUUCUUUGGGCUUUAUCUGAUCUCUCCCAAAGUGGCACAUAGAAUUGUUGGAUACUUGGAGGAGGAGGCUAUACAUUCAUAUACAGAGUAUCUGAAGGAUAUUGAUAGUGGUGCAAUUGAAAAUGUACCGGCUCCUGCUAUUGCUAUAGACUAUUGGAGACUGCCAAAAGAUGCAACCCUGAAGGAUGUUAUAACUGUCAUCCGUGCUGAUGAAGCUCACCACCGAGAUGUUAACCAUUUUGCUUCUGAUGUUCAUUUCCAGGGGAAGAAAUUAAGCGAGGCGCCAGCUCCAAUUGGUUACCAUUAACAGGUUGAGUCGGUUUUAUGUAGAUAUACGAAUAUGUGUCUGGAUUAAUCUCUGCCUAUUGUAUAUGCUAUGGACCAUGAUCCACGCUAUAAGUUAUUUACAGAAUUUAUCUACAUGCCAGUGGAAGCCUUUGUGUUUGUUGGUAUGAUUACUCACUGUUCGUGUUUCUUAUUACCAGACAGUAGUAUGAAAGAGAAUUGUUAUGAAAUGCGAGGUCAGGCUUUUAAUCA